UGUUUCAAAGAUGACCGCAUUGUAUUCUGGACCUGGAUGUUUUCCACCUAUUUUAUGGAGAAAUGGGCUCCGAGGCAAGAUGACAUGCUCUUCUACGUUCGCAGGAGACUGGCCUACGUUGGCGGAGAUAGCGUAGAAGAAAAGAAGCAGGUUGAAGUUGAAGUAUAUCGCAGAGAUUCCAAGAAGCUUCCAGGUUUGGGAGAUCCUGAUAUUGAUUGGGAGGAGAGCGUCUACUUGAACCUUAUACUGCAGAAGCUGGAUUAUGUAGUGACGUGUGCGGUAUGUACUCGUUCAGAUGGAGGGGAUAUUCACAUCCAUAAAAAGAAAUCCCAGCAAGUCUUUGCAUCUCCAAGUAAACACCCCAUGGACAGCAAGGGCGAGGAAUCGAAGAUUAGCUAUCCAAAUAUAUUUUUUAUGAUUGACAACUUUGAAGAGGUAUUUAGUGACAUGACUGUAGGGGAAGGCGAGAUGGUUUGCGUGGAGCUGGUGGCCAGUGACAAAAGCAACACUUUCCAAGGCGUUAUUUUCCAGGGAUCCAUCCGCUACGAGGCCCUUAAGAAGGUCUAUGAUAAUAGGGUGAGCGUGGCAGCCAAAAUGGCCCAGAGGAUGUCCUUUGGUUUUUAUAAAUACAACAAUAUGGAGUUUGUGCGUAUGAAGGGGCCUCAGGCCAAAGGACAUGCGGAAAUGGCGGUGGGUCGCAUUUCCACAGGUGACACGUCUCCUUAUGGCACAGAAGAAGAUUCAAACCCAAGUUCACCGCUGCAUGAGCGAGUCACGUCCUUCAGCACCCCUCCAACUCCAGAACGCAACAGCCGCCCUUCUUUUUUCUCCCCAUCGCUCAAGAGGAAAGUGACCCGAAAUCGAAUUGCAGAGAUGAAGAAAUCCCAUUCAGCCAACGACAGCGAGGAAUUCUUUCGGGAUGACGAAGAUGGAGAUUUGCAUAACGCAACAAACCUACGUUCCCGGUCGUUAUCUGGAACUGGCCGUUCUCUUGUGGGUUCUUGGUUGAAGUUGAACCGAACGGAUGAAAACUUCCUCCUCUAUGCACACUUAACCUAUGUCACGCUGCCGUUGCAACGGAUUUUAACUGAUAUUCUGGAAGUGCGACAGAAACCGAUUCUGAUGACAUAGCCAAGAGCCGGGUGCUGCCUUGGAAAACCUGCAGCCAAGUGCCUAAAAAAACUAUCUCUUGCUGUCUUCUGUCACACAGCCGCCACUUGUGUCAGGAACACAACUCUGAAAAAAAGGGAUCUCUAGGAAUUACCAGCCAAUCAAGAAGUGCCUCUUUGUUCUUUCCUCCCCUCAGAGAAAACAGAACUGGCUCGUAUUGCUUUACAGAUAACACUGGUAGAAGAUUUCUAAAGCAGAAAAGGAACAAAAAAGGAAACAAGGGGAAACAAAACUAACCCAACACCAUCGCAGAAGUGGGGGGGGGCUGCAUAUUUUAAAAAAAAAAGAUGCUUUAAGGACCAUUGGUUAGCGUUUACUUUCAUUAAGUGGAAACCAACCUGUAUAAAAUCUGCAUUAAUCUUUAUAUACUUUGAGACAGACUUGCGUAGGAUUUCAUACUGGUGAAUCAAUGAACGUUGCUCUUUUCCCGCGCAUAAGACAGCAGCCCCUUCCGUAAGCGUUUUAAUUGGACAGGAUUGUGAAGUAGCGUAACACCAACGGGGGAAGUCAAGGGGAAAAAUCAUUUUAAGUUCAUGGAGGAGCUGAGGGGAAAUCUGAUGGACAGGUUUCUCUGCUUCUCUCCAAGGGAUCUUUUUAAAGCCUCGUAGCACAGGGGAAUUCUGCGACGUCAUCUUCACCUACCAAAGAUCAGCAAAAAAAUAAAAUAAAAAUAAAAAUCCAGCCAAAAAAUGUCUUAAAGGUUGAGAUUGUAGGAAAGCGCUCCAGUGUCAUUUGCCUUCAGUCAGUCUUCCACAGUAUGGGGCCUCUGAUUUGAGGGAGACGAGGAACACGUUUACUGGAGGACAGGAAGGAAAUCCAGAGGACCUCAGCCUGGACAAUUGGAAAUUAAAAUGAAUCAAAGUAGCUCCUAAAAAUCUUUUUGACUAUCCAUCAGCUCCAAUGGUUCCCCUCAAACCGACGUGUGUGUGUGCGCGGUGCUGUGAUUUCUCAGUAAACGGAAGGCUUAAUUCUUAUUUAAAGCUCUCCCCGGUGUUCUAGAAUUGUGUGUGGGGGUGAAUUCUGGAAGAAGUGCAGCGUUAAUUGUUGUGGAUUUGGGAUUUUUUACUCAGUUCUAUUGUACGCGUGUCUGAAGAUGUAUAAAACAUAGUCUGGGGUAGAAGAUGGCAUUUCAUGAUUCCUGAAA